GCCUCUGCCAGCGACCUCGACGUUCCGUCUUCCGUCCACAACCCCUCCGCCGUCCCCAUGGACCCAUCAAGUAGCUCUAGUCAGGAUCCUACCUCAGUGCUGCGCAAUGCCAGCUUCUCCCAUCCGGAGGGGACAUCCUCGGCAGACAGCCCGGUCACCGCUGCUGACGUCCUACUCGGCUCAUACGAUCCCACAAAACUGCACCCGUUGGCUGCUAUAGAGGACAAAUUAGACUAUCUACUCUUGGAGGAUGACAAGACAAGCGACCUUCCGGGCUCGGGCACGGCAAUUCCAUCAAGGGGUUGGAGUGAUGACCUAUGUUAUGGUACCGGGACGAUGUAUCUUUCCGGUCUCGCCUUGGGCGGUGUGUGGGGCUUGCGUGAAGGCGCUCGAAGACCCCUAGCAGUCUCAAACGCGAGGCUGCGUGUCAACAGCGUCCUAAACUCCGUAACCCGGCGCGGUACCUUCAUUGGCAACUCGGCGGGUGUCCUCGCACUUGUCUACAACACCCUCAACUCGACAAUUGACCAUGUGCGAGGCCAACAUGACACGUUGGGCAGCAUGGCAGCUGGCGCGCUGACAGGUGCACUGUACAAGUCAACAGCUGGCGUCCGCCCCGCCUUGGCAGCAGCGACCCUGGUUGCUUCGUCUGCGGGCCUCUGGAGUUACGUCAAGCGCAGUGUCUGAACCUAGUACUUACACGUCUAAUAUACCUAAUUACCAUCUGUGAGUUCACCGCUCAGAUCCGAUCCGCAUCACUUGCGAUUGUCCCCUUAAG